AUGGCCACAGCUGGGAAUGCCUGGUGCUUCCAUUCCCAUUCCCCCGAUGCACAGUAUCUGAAAACUUUUCUCCUGCAGCAGUACAGCAUCCUCUCCUGUUCCUGGGAAUCACAACCCAUAGGCUGUGUAAGGAUCACUUGUGCCUGCCAUCAUAGCAAACCUUGUCAUAUAAAUGGACUUUUUUUGCCAUUGAGUCCUGGUAGACAGCUGGAACCUGGAACAGAGGAAGAGUCCAGGGCAGGGGACCAAGACAAAUUUAUUCUUAAUCAAGAGAAUGUUUUACCACCAAUUCACCCUCCACUGAUUAUAAACCUCAACAACGAAGAGGAUGAACAGAACGAUGACGAGGAAGAGAACUGUAUUCCUAGUUGGGUGCCUAAGACUGCUGCAGAUAUUGAAGAAGAAAGAGCAAUAAAGGAAAUACAGUAUAAAUCUGGAGAGUAUUACGGGAUUCAGUACCCUCACGAACACCCAUCAAGAAAAAGUGUAUCUUCACCUCAGGAAAAUGAGCUAUUACCCUUGGAAGCUACCAAACAACACCUGCAGAAAGACAAACCCCAAGUAAAACCAAGUUACCGACAAAGGGGUCAAAGGAAAGAUGAUGAAACUGCUUCUUCUAUUCCUUCUGUGAGAGAAACUGGAAGAAAGACGUGUUUCUAUUCUCUAGAACCUCAAAGAUCAGCAUAUGUAGUAUACUGUACUGCCACCAUCACUCAAGAAUCAAAGCUUAAUGUUUUUUCUAUGGACAAACGUACUUCAGGAUCUUAUAAUGCACCAACUGGGAGGUAAAGAAAUCCACAUGCAAAAACGUUCUCAAAGUUUAAAACCACUACUCAG